AUGGAGGCCGUCAUCAAGCAGCUGUAUAGCGGCAAGGAAGACCGCCUUGGCAACUUCCAAUGGCAUACGGAGAUGCCAGAGGACCUUGGAGCGCCGGCCGAGGAUUCAGAGAGCGAGAAGUUCGCCAUCAUUGUGAGGCACCAGCGCGUCUACAAUGAUCCGAAGAAAGUUCUCGAGAUCCACUCGAUCUCGGUGCAGAGCCCUCUCCUGCGCGAGCUGCUUGCGGAGGUGCUCGAGGGAUAUCCAGGCGUGACGCCUGGAUUGAAGAACCUCGAGUUCUCUGGUCGAUGCGAGAGCCUCAUCCAUCGGUGGCCAGUCCUCCGUGCCAAAAUUGCCGAGCUCGAGGACCAGCGCAAGCGUCCCAACGUCGACUCUGACCAGCUCUCCAAGCGCAUCGAGCACGCCAAUCUGCUGAACGGCCUGCUUGUUCAGGAGUUCUCCGAUGUCGAAAAGUCGAUGGGCGACAUGGUGCAGAACCGUGUCAUCACCUACGACCACCUGUGGGUCCUCUUCCAUCCCAGCACCACAAUCUACGCCAAGAGCGACAACCAGGACCGCGCAUUCCGUCUCCAGUCAAGCACAUACGGCGCGGAUAAAGACGGCACCCCCUGCUUCUGGCUGACAUGCGUCUACGUCGACUACGACGGCCAGCGUUUCGGCACACAGCCCCACCGCAUUGGCAUCCAGAACUUCGAGGGCACUGCUCUGAUCCAAAACCUCAGCGCAUACCCGAUUGACUUCCACGACGAUGUCAAGGGCAUUCAAGCAAAGCUGAUCGAGCGAGGCGGAAAGGUCGAGGCACUGGCAGGCACACACUACCGCUCGUACAACGGCGUGGGCUGGCGCAAGAACGCGCUUUACGGAACGAAGGACAAGACGACUGUUUGCGGUCGAGUGGUCAUUGACGGCUUCGGGUUCAAUCGCUUCGCUCCGGACCAGGCAGUCUAUGUCACCUCGUUCAACGCCAAGCCGUCUUCUGCGGGCAAGCAGUCUCGAAUCGAUUUCCGGCGUGAAUACGACGACGAUGUGCUGGCCACCUUUGCAGCUACAUUUCACGGUGGUGGAGGCAUGCCCGCAGAUGGUUUCUUCGAGACGAACGACAAGGAGCGCGCACCGUUGACAGAAGACCAGAAGAUGCUGUGCUCGCCAUUCGUGCGUGGCUACGCCCUCCGCGAGAAGGUCUGGCUGAACUUCUUCGUCAACUGCGUCUCAGACAACACCUUUUCGGACGACGCAUUCGACGCUCUGACUCUCCCCAAGGCACAGAAGUCCUUGAUCCUGGCCUUCUGCGAACACAUGAAGACCGAUGGCAGCAACUUCGACGAUGUCAUUGCCGGCAAGGGUCAAGGCCUUAUCAUUCUCCUGUCUGGUCCGCCAGGCGUUGGCAAGACGCUGACGGCAGAGUCGGUAGCCGAGCGCAUGAAGGUGCCGCUCUUCAUCAUGGCUGCUGGCGACCUCGGCAUCAGCUCCGCCGACGUCGAGCACAAGCUGAACGACUGCCUCGCCAUGUGCUCUCGCUGGAACGCCAUCCUCCUUCUCGACGAAGCCGACAUCUUCCUCGAGCAGCGCAACAUGCACGAGCUCGAGCGCAACAAGCUCGUCUCCAUCUUCCUCCGCGUUUUGGAAUACUACCAAGGCAUCAUGUUCCUCACCACGAACCGCGUCGAGACUUUCGACACCGCCUUCGCAUCGCGCAUCCACCUCAGCUUGGAGUAUCCGGAGCUGAACAAGAAGAGCAGGAAGGGCAUUUGGGAGACGUUCCUGAAGCGACUGCCGGAACAUAACAUGAGUGAGAAGGAAGUCGAGAAGCUGGCCGAGAAGCAGUUGAAUGGUAGAGAGAUCAAGAACUUUCUCAAGUCGGCCCAGCUGCUGGCGAAUUUCGAGAAGGAGGUCCUGGCAUACCAGCAUGUCGAGACGGUCAUCGAUACCAUGGCCCAUCUCCACAAGUCCAGCAAGGCAUCGGAUGAGGCCAAGGCCAGCAUCUUCCAGUAA